AUGGGACAACUGCAUAUUGUCCUUUUCCCAGCCAUGGCAUAUGGCCACAUAAUCCCCACCCUUGACUUGGCCAAGCUCUUCACCUCCCGUGGCCUCAGGGCCACCAUCAUCACCACCCCUACUUUCGCCCCGCCCGUCGAGCGCGCCCGCUCAUCCGGCCACGAAGUCGGCCUCGAGACCCUCGACUUCCCGCCCGAAAACUCCCUCCUCCCGAAAAACAUCGUCAGUCUCGACCAGGUCCCUAACCCCGAACUCCUGGCCAAGUUCUUCGAGGCCACGGCCCUCCUUGGGGACCCGCUCGAGCGCCUCCUCCGCCACCUCAACGCCAGUUGUCUCGUCUCGGACAUGCUCCACCCAUGGACGGUGGGACCCGCCAACUCGCUCGGCAUACCACGGCUCGUCUUCCACGGCAUGGGCUCAUUUGCCCUUUGCGCCUCCGAGCAUAUGCAUGCCCACAAGCUGAUGUUCGAGAGCCUAUCUUCCGACUCGGACGCUUUUGUCCUUCCCGGCCUUCCCCACAAGGUGACGUUUGUUCGGAGCCAAGUCCCGUGUUACUAUUUGGGGCACGACGACGUGUUUUUGAGCCACCGGAAGAAGAUGGUCAAGUCGGAUAAGGAGAGCUUCGGUGUUGUCGUCAAUAGCUUCUACGAGCUCGAGCCGGACUACGCCGAUCACUACAAGAAUGUGCUCGGGUUGAAGGCUUGGCACGUGGGCCCGCUUCUCCUACUAUGCAAUAACAACAAGCCGCAGAGGGGGAAAGAGUCGGAUAUCAACGAGCACGAGUGCCUCGCGUGGCUCGACUCGAAGAAGUCCAACUCGGUCGUGUACAUGUGCUUCGGGAGCAUGGUCACGUUCACGCGGGGACAGCUGCACGAGAUUGCCGCGGGGCUCGAGUCGUUGGGCCACGGCUUCGUUUGGACGGUGAGGCACGAGGGAACAAAGGAUCCACUGCCGGAAGGGUUUGAGGAGCGGAUGAGAGGGAAAGGGCUCGUGAUAAGAGGGUGGGCCCCACAACUGACGAUUUUGGGGCACGAGGCCGUGGGGGCGUUUAUGACGCACUGUGGAUGGAACUCGAUUUUGGAAGGGGUGUGCGCGGGGGUGCCGAUGGUGACGUGGCCGGCGUUUGCGGAGCAGUUUUAUAACGAGAAGCUGGUGACUGAGGGUUUUAAGUUCCAACGGACUGACUAG